AUGAAAAACGGAAAGGAACGAGAUGAGAUUGCCUGGCUGCAUUCGGCGCUGUGUUUCGAGAUGGAGGCAGCAGGCAUGAUGGAUAACGUCCAGUGCUUGCCGAUUCGCGGCAUUUGCGACUACUUAGAUUCCCAUAAGAACAAAGUGUGGCAGGACUAUGCCGCUGCGACGGCGGCCGCAUACGCAAGGGAACUUCUGGAAGUGAUUCCGGCUUCAUCGGGGGAACUUAGCCGGGCUAAUACCACACGCUUUAACAACGCGAGCGAGCCCGACACUGCUGAAUCCCUUAACUUCGCCCAAAUCGAUGCUCGGAAAACCACUAUUCGAACCGCACACAGCAAAACCUGCCGUUGGUUCGUCCGUUACUCGGCACAUCGGGAUUGGCUCGACCCCGCAAUGCAAUCGCAAAACCAUGGUUUCUUAUGGAUGCGAGGCAAGGCAGGCGCUGGGAAGUUAACCAUGAUGAAGUUUGUCUACUUGGAGUCGAAAAAAAAGGACGGAUCCAACACCAUGUCCGCGUCCUUCUUCUUCAACGCUCGCGGCGAAUACUUGGAAAAGUUUAUCACGGGCAUGUACCGGUCCUUGCUAAUGCAGCUCCUGAAGAGAUUUCCGGAUUUUCAAUUUAUCCUAGACAACACUGAUAUCAUUCCGGCGAGCCAGCAAGACUGCCUUGACUUGGACGCGCUGAAGGAGCUUCUCAGGAGUGCCCUCCUAAGCCUUGGCCAGCGCUCCUUUACUUGCUUCAUCGACGCCUUCGACGAAUGUGACGAGCAGGAAGUCCGGGACAUGGUUCAAUUCUUUGAAGAUUUGGCAGAGGACACGACCGAGGCUGGCAUCCAACUCCGAAUCUGUUUUUCGAGUCGCCCAUACCCUUACGUCAGCACGCCCAAAGGCAUCUUGCUGACCCUCGAGGACGAAUCCGGACACGCAAAAGACCUGGCACAGUACGUCGAGAGCAAGCUCAAGAUCGACGACCCCGUGCUCCGCAAAGACUUGCAAUUGCAGAUCCUGGGCAAGGCGUCCGGUAUUUUCCUAUGGAUUAUCCUCGUUGUGGAUAUCCUAAACGAAGAGGACGACGACGGCGGCCUCGCUUUCAGGACAAAGCUUUCGAAAAUCCCCGACAAGUUGAGCGACUUGUUCAAGAGCAUCCUGAUGCGUGAUCAGAAAUCACCCGAACGCCUGCUGCUUUGCGUUCUCUGGAUCCUUUGUGCAAAAACGACCAUUGACUCCAUCGAGUUCCGCCACGCGCUGUGGGUGGCCUUGUUGGACCAACAGUCGGUGCAGAACGACCGCCAGGUAGACUCCGACGUCCCAGACGUCAGCAACAUGAAUGCCUGUGUCAAAUUGGUUACGAGCUCCUCGAAAGAGUAUGCCAGCCAGCAGGUCCUCCACCAUGCUAAUGCCGCUGCGUUUGUGGUGCCCCAAGACGAGUUCAUGUCUCAAUUCUUUGCUUCAGCUGGGAUCGGGGUGGUUAACUUGUUCGAGAGGCAUAAAAAGCGGCGGUAUGGCGUUUACGCAACACCUAUUUAUGUCCUAGCAGACAGAGGGCUAGAAAACCUCAUCCGCACACGGAUAAAACAAGAGCCUGCUGCCCGCGCCCCUCGAGAAAGGUACGAGUAUCCAUUUUUCGCCGCAUUGGCCAACGGCCACAAAAGCGCGGUGGCUGCAUUUUUGGGGUUAUCUUCAACCAUCCGCGAUGGCGUCGAUAUUACUGAAGGUUUAAAGUACAGGAAAGACUUAACGGGAUACAAAGGCCAAACGCCGUUAUCCUGGGCUGCCCAAAAGGGUAAACUGAGCAUUGUGAAGGUGUUCGUCGACCGCGGGGCGGAUGUCAACGCUCAAGAAAAGGAUGGAUGGACGGCACUGAUGCUGGCCUCAAGGAGCGGACACGAGGCUGUGGCGCGGCUUCUCAUCGACCGCGGGGCGGAUAUCAACGCUUAA